UCGGGAUUCCGACAAUGAAGUGGUUUGGCACUGAGGGCGACUACAAUGUCAUGGUGAUGCAACUGCUGGGGCCAAGUCUGGAGGACCUCUUCAACUUCUGUGGCCGCCGAUUUAAACUGAAAACUGUCAUCCUCCUCGCCGACCAGAUCCUCAUGCGUAUUGAAUACCCGGACAACUUCCUGAUGGGCCUGGGCAAACGGGGCAAUGUGGUGUACUUCAUCGAUUUUGGAUUGGCCAAGAGGUUUCGGGACUCUCGCACUCGGACGCAUAUACCCUAUCGGGAGAACAAGAACCUCACAGGAACUGCUCGAUACGCCAGCAUUAACACUCAUCUGGGCAUUGUAACUUUCAAACUUUUUGGUUAUUUCAAGCGCCUCGAACUGUUUCUGCUAAUUAAAAUACAGUCUGAGUUGUUGAGAGGAAAGCUGUACCGCAAGAUUACCCUCUCCAUUUCUCCCUGUCUGGCUGGAGCUUUGGCCAACGCCGUUUAG